AUGACUUGGAUAUGCGAUCAAUCGUUCAUCUCGCCAAGGCUCAGCUUCACCCGUGACCCGAAAAGUCUUUGCCAUGCGAACGAAGCACUCAUUCAGGAUUUUGGACACCAGUUUGAAAACUGUCAUGGGCUCCUCAGAUUCGGGGAGUGUGCCAAGAGACAUUGGGGGAAACUUCUACUGUUCAUGUAUUCGAGCUUAAUAAAAGGGUGCAGCACCAGAUUACUUGGUCUCCUGUCGGAAUUCCGAAUCGAACGUGAUACUUUUGGGGAGCUCAAUGUUCCUGCCAGACGAUAUUGGGGCGCCCAAACCCAGCGCUCGCUGCAGAACUUUGACAUCGGUGGAGAGACUGAACGAUUACCUCCUCCGUUGAUCAAAGCGUUCGGCGUUUUAAAGAAAGCAGCGGCCCGAGUGAACAUCACAUAUGGCCUUGACCCUAGAGUUGGAGCUGCCAUUGAUCAAGCUGCGGAUGAUGUUAUCUCGGGGAAACUCAUAGACGAGUUCCCACUUGUUGUAUUCCAGACGGGGAGUGGAACACAGAGUAAUAUGAACGUAAAUGAGGUUAUCUCGAACAGAGCUAUUGAGAUUCUCGGCGGCGAGCUGGGAUCCAAAAAACCCGUUCAUCCCAAUGACCAUGUUAAUAUGAGCCAGAGCAGCAAUGAUACGUUCCCCACUGCCAUGCACGUCGCGGCCGUGACUGAGAUUGAAAAAAAUCUUAUUCCAGCCAUUGGUGAACUUCGUGAUGCCCUCGAUGCCAAAUCAAGAGGGUUCGAGCAUAUCAUCAAAAUUGGUCGCACUCAUUUACAGGACGCGACGCCCUUGACACUCGGUCAAGAGUUCAGCGGAUAUGUACAGCAGUUAUCGAAUGGCAUCGAGCGUAUUCGUGGUACUCUUCCAAGACUCAGGAAGCUUGCACAAGGUGGAACCGCGGUUGGAACGGGCCUGAAUACUAUAGCUGGAUUCGAUACCAAGGUUGCUGCUGAGAUCUCGAGAAUUACUGGCCUCCAAUUCGAGACGGCUCCGAACAAGUUCGAAGCCCUGGCAUCUCAUGACGCCCUUGUUGAAGCCCAUGGGGCUCUCAAUGUCGUUGCUGUUUCGCUCAUGAAGAUUACAAACGAUAUUCGCUACCUUGGCUCAGGUCCACGCUGUGGUCUCGGCGAAUUAGCCCUUCCUGAAAACGAACCCGGCUCGUCCAUCAUGCCGGGCAAGGUUAACCCUACACAAUGCGAGGCUAUGACGAUGGUUGCGGCUCAGGUCAUGGGAAACAACACUACUGUCUCCAUUGCUGGUAGUAACGGCCAAUUCGAGCUAAACGUUUUUAAACCCGUGAUCAUCAAGAAUGUCCUGCAAUCUAUCCGCCUGUUGUCUGAUGCCUCUCGUUCAUUUACGAAGAAUUGUGUUGUCGGAAUCAAAGCUAACGAGAAGCGAAUUAAUCAACUAUUGAAUGAAUCGCUCAUGCUCGCCACAGUCCUCAACAGCCACCUAGGUUACGACAAUGUUGCCAAGUGUGCAAAGAAAGCCCACAAGGAGGGAACGACACUGAAGGAGGCUACUGUUACCCUCGGUUUUUUGACACCACAGGAAUUUGACGCCAAAGUCCGACCGGAGUUCAUGCUGCAUCCUGAUCCCGCUCCCCAGUGA